AUGGAGAUCAGCGUGGAAUUGGACACCACCAACCGUCCCGAUGAGUGGAAGAUUGAGCAGGGCAUGGCGGGCCACAAGUUGCCCAUCCUUGAUCAAACCGGGAGUGAUACUAUCAAUCUGUAUCCUCCACCGCCUCCCAAGAUCAUCAAGGAUGAAGAAGCCAUUCGGUCGGUGGGCAAGCGCGAGAAGCUCUUCACUCGAGAGCGAGUGGGCUGGAAAGGAUAUGUCGAGUGGGAAAACUACCCGGAGAAAAAGGCCAAGGCCCACAAGAUCCUCACUGCGCAGACCUUCCCGGCAUGCCCUGACUUUAUGUUCGGUCCCAUCCCCGGCACCAACCCCGUCCUUCCUGGCGAUGACUUCAAGGCGUGGCAUACAGCUCUUGGUGGAGAGCUCACCACUGUCCCUGACGACUCCUGGCGCACGGUGCUUCGUGAGAAGCAUGCCGAUAUGCUGCACCUUCUGCAGUUCCCCUACAAUGGAGAGCCCCCAAAGCGACUGGUCACCUCCAAGGUGAUCACUCCGAACCCACUCCACUUCGUGCGUAACCAUGGAGGCAUCCCGAUCAUCGACAAAGAUAAGUGGGACCUGUCGCUGGAUGGACUAGUGCAACACCCCAAAUCAUACUCCCUCAGCGAUCUUAUGGAUGAGUCCAGAUUUCCCCGCAUGGAGAAGACUGUCACCAUCCAGUGCUCGGGUACCCGCCGGAUCGAACAGAUCGCUCUAUACGGUGGUCAGGGUGACGAAGUACCUCAGGCCCCGUGGGCCGAGGGUGCCAUUGGAACCGCCCGCUAUGUGGGCAUCAGCUUGAAGAAGCUGAUCAAAGACUGUGGUGGCCUGAUCAAGCCCGCCAAGCACCUUGAGCUCUAUGGCGCCGAAACCUAUGUCAAGGACCUCGAGGUGGGCAACUACGUUGUCAGUGUUCCAUGGUCCAAGGUCAAGGCCAACGAGGUCAUUCUGGCCUGGGAGAUGAACGGUGAGCCCUUGCCCAAGAUUCACGGCUACCCAUUGCGGGUCGUCGUUCUAGGAUACAUCGGUGCUCGAAGCGUCAAGUGGCUGUAUCGCAUCAAGGCCAUUGCGGAACCCUCUCACGCUCCAGUCCAGGCCAGGGAGUAUCUGUACUUCAACCAGCAGGUUGGCAAGUUCAACCAGCGCCCGACGGACGGCAUUCAGAUUCAAGAGAUGCCUGUCAGCUCAGCUAUCAUGUCGCCCUGGACCAAGCAGGCUGUUAUGCACAUGGGUAAGAUCAAGUGCAAGGGUUGGGCCUACUCGGGCGGAGGUCGAUGGCCCGAACGAGUCGAGCUGUCCGCUGAUGGAGGUUUCACCUGGUACGAUGUGCCCCCCGAGAAACUGUCUAAGAAGGGUCGUUGGACUUGGCGAACGUGGGAAUACGAUCUACCAUGUGAUGUAGAGGGUUGGAUCGAGGUUGUCUGCAGAUGCUGGGACAACUCGCUCAAUACGCAGCCUCUCAAUGUCCGCGCGGCAUGGAACUGGGGCCUGCAUGUCACCUCCUCGGCGCAUCGCAUCAAAAUCUACAGUAUUAACAAGAGUCGCGAGAUUACCAAGAAACGGCUGGAUAAGUACGAGCAGCUUGGUAUUCCUUUGGCUCCCCUUACUCGCUAUGAGACUGUCCCCGGGCAGACGCCAGAGGAGUAUGAGCAGUAUUGGAGGGAUCAUGAACCUCGCGAUGUCGAUGAUUGA